CCAACGAAAAGACGGAGACGAUGAACUGGAUGGCUGGACCCAAGAAAGAGCCAACGGAUAAAGUCAAGAAAUAGGAAGGGCAGAAGGAGAGGAUUGUGAAGGACCCAACGACAGGCUUGGAUGUCACCAUUAAAGAUGCUGAUUUCAAAGGUUUAUCUUCCCCCCCCUUCUUUGCUCUGUACAGUGGACUCGAUGCAUCACCAGAUUUUCCUCAUCCAGAUGGACGCACCGGAACUGCGGAAAUGGCUCCUGUGGUUGGCUCAGUCUCGCCUACACAGACAGCUCUCAAUGCCGCUCGUCCAGGAAAUUUUUCUUUGCACCCAUAUCUGCCUUCACCCGCAGCGUCGCUUUCCCCGCUUCUGGCCAUGUUCGACUACCUCCAACCAGGGCUAACGGCAGCUUUUCACCUUCAUCUCGUUCUUUCUUGGCGUCCCCGAAGGUCGAUGGUUACACAACAUUCACCUGGCCAUGGGCUCUAUUUUGGCGUUCGUAGCACCUUCAUGGCUGCCAUUGGGUUUGCGCCGUCAGCAUCGUACAGCAGAAGUUGGAAAAGGAAGUGGAACGCGAUCGGGUCGAAAUGCACCGUGCACUGUGCACGUGGCAGGACAUACGCGCGCGCCCUCGACGCCAGAGUCUGCAGAAUGGCUCAAUGCAUUUGUCCGAACGAUCUGGGGGUCUCAUUAACCGGGACAUGGUCGGUAGAUUGUACCUUCGCAUGAGCUAUUUCUGAUUUUAUAUGCAAUUUAUUUCCAUUGCGGACAUGAGUCGAAGAUGUGAUGCAACAGUCUCCUCGUGGUUUGAUUUUGUU